UCGCCCCGACGACUGGAGGGAGAGGCGGCGGGCGCGCAGGCAGCAGCACGUCACGCGCGUCUUCCCGGACGGACGUGGCGAUGCCACCGGCGGCGGCAGCAACGAUGGCGGUGGUGACAGUGGCGGCGGCGGCGGCGGCGGCGGCGGCGGCGGCGGCGGCGGCGAUGUCUCAGCGAGCGCCAUCGUGUCUGCGGAGACGCGCGUGCGCCGCACGCUCCGUCGGCAGAGAAGCGACGGCGGCGUCGGCUGCGCUCCUGCCGUCUCGCUCCACCGGUGGCUGGAGGCGCGCUGUGCCGCCCGCCAGCUCGACGUGCUCUCGCUGCUCGAGGAGAGCGCCGCCCCGGCCGCCUCGCUCUGGCCGCAGCCGAGCGCAGCCAGCGGCACGCUCGCUUCCGGCGGCGGCGGCGGCGGCGGCGGCGGCGCGCGGGUGGCGGGCGGCGUGGUGGGCAUGGAAGGGUGGGGCGACUGGAGCGCCGCACCUAUGCUCGCGCUGUGCGGCGCCGAGCUCACCGUGCUUCUGUGCGAGGCGGCGGCAGGAGCGGGCGGUCGUCCUCGUGGCGCGCUCGCCCCUCGGCCUGACGUCCGCGGCGGAGGGGCUGCUGCACUGCCUCGCCCCGCUGCAGUGGGCGGGAGGCUACCUCCCCGUCCUACCCGACUGCCUCGCCGACAUGCUUCACGCACCGGUCCCCCUCCUCUUCGGCGUCGUCUCUGCUGACCCGGAGGCGGACGCCGCGCGGAUGAGCGAGGAGCACCGGGAUCUCGUGGUGGCGGCGGUCGGCGGCGAGGCGGCGGGCGGAACUGUCUAG